ACGGGCACACUGCCGUGGCAUUUGAAAUAAACGUCAACUCAGGCGCGUCGAUCGUACAAAAGUGUUAAAAUAGGAGUUUACGUUGUGGAAAAUAUAGGAGAAACUCGCCGAAACUAUAGCCACAAGUCGUUCACCCAGGACACACGCACACGGACGCGAUGUCUGAUAUUAAGAAAUUCCAAAACACUGAAGAAUGGCGUCAGAAACUCCGUGAGUUUCUCAUGACAGAACGCUUGCCGAAAAAACCCGUAAAAAUGGAUGAAUCGAAAGAUAUGCGAUACAGUCUAGAUAUAGAUGAGGAUCUUAGGAGACCGCUGGAGUCCAGGAUCAAAAAAUUUCUUCCAACGAAUACUUCCAAUCAAAAAACUAUCCAUCUGGGCGAGGAUACCAUGUACGAGGUGGGCUCCUCGGAGUACUUGGAAGAUGGCGAUGACAGCUUCAGUGCCUUCGAGCGAAUGUGCGAUAAGACGGGCUCCGACCCUGACAGCACACUGUUCCAGUACCUGCACAGCGAAGACCGAAGCCAGGUGAUGGCCAGGGCCAAGGAUCGCAGCACCGAUGAUCAGAAGGAGAUUGAUGCACUACGGCGAAUGCUCGAGGCAGUGGGCACUGAUGAUGACUUACUAGAAAACGAGAGUCCCGUCAAGGGUGUGGAAUGCACCCAGUUGGAAGAUGUGGAGGCGCCAUCCCGUUUCUGGGAUAACACUCUAGCCGGGAUCGAUGAGUCUGCAUCCGGUUCGGGACUAGAAUUGAAGGCUAAAGUGUCGCCAGUCAAAAUGGUGGGCCUGCUCCGGCCUUCGACUAUCAUCGAGGACAACGAACUGGAAUCGGAUGUGUCUUCCCACACUAGCUUUCUAAGCGCUCGCACAGUGAAGACAAAUGCUUCCAGUUGUUACGAAACGGCUACGGAUAGUUCUUUAAGUGGCGCACUGCUAAACGUCGAUGAUCUGUUCUACGCAGCAAUUGCCAAAGCAAAGCCUCCGGGAAUGUCAAAAGGAGAAGAGCUGGAGCUUAUAAGCGAUCUUCAUGGCAGUCUAAGGGAGUUGACUUCAAUUGCAAAGGAGCAAGAGGAGGAGGAAGAACAGGUGGAGGACAUAGAGGACACAAUAAUCGAGCUGUCCUCUUCUGACGAAGAGGACGUGCAGAUUGUACCGGAAAUAAAGCAAGAAGAUACUUCUCGCGGUUCUUCAGUCGAAGUAAAAGAUACCACUAAUAUCGAACCAUCGGAUGAGAGCUUUGAGAAUAAAGAAAACUCCCUACAUUUCAAUGAUACUAUGGAGGAAAUGCAGUAUAUGAUGAAAAAGGGCAUGGAGUAUAUGGCUGGUGGGGCUCCACCAAACACCGCAAUCCCUCCUAAAAGCCCAGUGCAAAAACAAAACACUUUUUUGAUUUCUCCCAAACAAACACCAAAAUCGCCGUCGGUUGCUUUCUUGCAGCCAUCAUUGCCGUUGCGUUCAUAUAAUAAGCCACUACCAGUUGUAGCAUCCCCCAGCAAAAUUAAACAGCCUCCCAAGUUCGACCUUAGCAUGGAGUGGACCAGGAAGAAGUUUUUUACUGCAUCCUCAGGCAUUCCUCAACGUCGUCAACAGCAAAUGAAGCAGCCCUACGCCAACAUCGUUAGUCCCAUUCGCACAUACACCCAGAAAUCUGGUACUGCUCCACUUAUGAGUACAUUUCGUCCAACCGGAACAGAUGCUAUGGCCAUCAGUGAGCUGGAUCAGGAAUCCCGCUUGUGUCAGAUGAAUACGGUAUCUACCGCAGAGACUGGAACACCUAAGGCGAAGGAAAUGGUGGGGCUAUUAAAAGGCAUAGAUUCUACUGGUCCUCUUCUUCCCAAAAGGCUUAUCAUAAUUGAUUUCAUUUGACAGGUGGUGGAUGAACGAACACCUGUGCCCAUGCCCAAGGUACCUCGCAUUCAGAAAUACCUUAAUUCGGCCGUGCAACCAACUGUCUUGCGCCAUGAUGGGAAAAAGAAAAUGCCCGGCGAGGCCAUCAGUAACCCGUGCUCAACACACAUACCUCGGCGCGCUAACCACAGCUUGGCUGAUUUGUCGCUCGCUUCCGGUGACGUGUCCUUGUACACGAUUAGAGAUGCCCAGAAGUUUUAAAGCUCUUAAGAAAAACUCACUCUCCUAGGGUUUAUAUUGCAACAAUAAUAAUAAAUGUAUUGUAUAAUUAGUGCUAGUAAA